AUGUCUCUGGCAACUCUUCUUGAUGAUUAUCUCCCGCUUUUGCCUACUUUAGAGCAUCGCAGGCGCCGAAAUCGUCCAUUGAUGCUGAAUCUUCUGGAUUUAUUGGAAAAUGAAAUGGAUCAGAGAGUGGGCCAUGUCGUCCGCCGUUUACCAGCUGCUUUAUUGGAUUGGGACGACGAUUACGAACUCGUGAACGGAAGAAAACGAAAACGCAAACCCAACGCUGUGGCUGUUUAUGAACCGAAAACAAAAUGUCAAGUGAUAACCAAAGACAACAAGUUCCAAGUCCAAAUGGAUACGUCCAACUAUCAACCUGAUGAAAUAACGGUGAAAGUAGUCAAUGACAAACUCACCAUUUCUGCUAAACAUGAAACUAAAGCCGAUGAUGUAUAUGAAUAUCACGAAAUGACUCGGUCCUUCAGUUUACCGGAAGGAGUAGAUCCUGAUGCUGUAGUAUCUCGUCUAAACACAAAUGGCCAAUUGACCAUAGAAGCCCCAAUGAAACCAUCCAAGGAUACCACUAGUAGAGUAGUUCCUGUUGAAAUGACAAAAGAUAAAUCGGAUGACAAGGUAGAAGGUAAAGACAAGCAAACGCAGAAGAAUGACAAAUAA